AUGCAUUUUGUAGUUAGUUUCAAGGACUGUGAAGGAAGGAAACUGAUGCAACCAGUGGAGUAUGAGUGGAAACCUUUGUAUUAUGAUAGAUGUCAAAGUAUUGGUCACAAGUGUAAAGACUAUGUGAAGAAGCAAUGGAUGCCUAAAGGAAAACCUCUUGAGUCUGCACCUAGUAGCUCUUUACAGGGCACAACUUCAGUAGAGGAGCCAAUACAACCAGAGAAAGGAAUUGAGCCUAAGCAUCUAGAGAAAGGAACUGAAGAUGCAGCUUGGAUAGAGGCCAGAUCAACAAUAAAAGAUAGAGGUAAAAGAAUUCUAACUAGAUCAAGUUUUGAUAUUAAUUGUGUUAGUGGCUUUGAGGCACUAGGGGUUUUGAAUGACCUCAUAGUGACCUUAGAUAGAGGGCCAUUUAAGAUUGGUAAAUCCAAACUGAUUAGAGAUAAACUCAAUGUGUAUGAUAGCUAUGUGGACAAUUACCAUAACCAUGACAAUGGGAGAAUUUGGAUUUCUUGGAAUGAUAACCUUGAUGAUGUGAAAGUGAUUCAGAGCUCUGAUCAAUACCUCCACUGUGGAAUUUAUGAUACUAAAGGGACAUUCCAAUUCUGGCUCACUGCUAUCUAUAGGAAGAAUCGGCUUGAACAGAGGAAAAUCCUUUGGAAAGAUAUUGCAAAUAUGAGACCUAAUGUCCAGGAUCCUUGGUGCCUUAUGGGAGAUUUUAACAAUGUCAUGAGGGCUCAGGAUAGGAUGGGGGGAAGAAUGGUCACUGAUUUUGAAUAUGUGGAUCUGCUAGACAUGAUGACUCAUACAGGGCUCACUGAGAUGGAUGGCUGUGGGGACUAUGAUACUUGGUGCAAUAGACAUACAAAUGAUACUAUCUAUUCUAGGAUAGAUAUACUCAUUGGUAAUGUGGAAUCGUUUAAGAAGUAUAAUGAUAUGAAUCUGAGAAUCCUGGCUCCUAUUGUGUCUGACCAUGCCCUCUUGCAGGUGGUGAAUGAAACUCAGAAAGUGAUCAAUAAUAGAAGAUUUAAGUUCUAUAACCGUGUUAUAGAAUUAGCAAGCUAUGAGGAGGUAGUCAAGAAAAGCUGGGAUGAACCCUUGGAUGGCAGUCCUAUGUUCAUCUUGUGGAGAAAGCUGUAG